AUGUCCAGCAGCUACUCCUCGCGCCUCCGCGGCGGCGGCGCCGGUGGAGGUUUAGGAGCGACGACGCUGCUGGCAGCGAAGGUGGCGUUCGCGUCCGGCGCGCUGGCCGCAGCCGUGUCCCUGGCGCGCGCUGCGCUGCCGCAGCUCGUGUCCGGCGCCGACGCCUUCCUCUGGAAGCUCUACCUCUUCAUCACCGUCCACGUGAUCAUCUUCGUCAUCUGGAAGCUCUCCAACAACAAGCACUUCCAAGCCGCCGCGCAGCAGCACAAGGACCCAUGGGCGCCGGUGCCUCACCACCCCGCGCCCCCGCUUCUGACCGAAGAUUUGGUACGGCCCUCCAUGAAAUGCAAGGUGGAGUUCGCGCCCGCCGAAAAGUACCGCGUGCCGCAGCUGCACGAGGCCGUUUCUCCGGUGGAGCAAGGCGUCGUCUCCCCUGGUUCGUGCUGCGACGAGUCGUGCGUCACGACUGAGUCCGAAGAGGACGAGUCCUACGCCGCCGUCACCUCGUCGCUGCCGCCGACAGCCUACACGCGCGGGGCCAUGGUGGCCGCAGCCGAGUACUUCGACGACGCCGGCCACGACGUCGCCACCGGCGACGACGAUCUUGACGCGACGUGGAACGCCAUUAUGCAGAGGACGCGUCCGGCCAUAUCCUCGAUCCCAAAGGCGCCAGGCUAA